UCUUUCUCAGAUGGCAUUCAGUAUCGACAGAGCACUUAAUGUGGCUUUAGGCAAUCCAUCUUCUACUGCUCAGCAUGUGUUCAAAGUGUCAUUAGUAUCCGGAAUGCCUUUUUAUGGUUAUCAUGAGAAGGAAAGACUCUUUAUGAAGAUCUAUCUUUACAAUCCUGCGAUGGUGAAAAGGAUAUGUGAACUUUUGCAAAGUGGAGCCAUAAUGAAUAAAUUUUACCAGCCUCAUGAAGCACAUAUUCCCUACCUCCUACAGCUCUUCAUUGACUACAAUCUUUAUGGAAUGAAUUUAAUAAAUCUGGCUGCUGUCAAGUUCCGAAAAGCAAGAAGGAAAAGUAAUACAUUUCAUGCAACUGGAUCAUGCAAGAAUCAUUUAUCAGGAAAUUCCCUUGCUGAUACUUCAUUUCGGUGGGAAGAAGAUGAAAUACCAUGUUCUUUAAUACUAGAAGGUGUUGAACCACAGAGUACAUGUGAAUUAGAAGUGGAUGCUGUAGCUGCUGACAUCUUAAAUCGGCUGGACAUUGAAUCUCAAAUUGGUGGAAACCCUGGUCUACAGGCCAUAUGGGAAGAUGAAAAGCAACGGCGAAGGAACAGAAAUGAAACUUCUGAAAUUAGCCAACCCACAUCACAAGAUCGCAGGUCUGUGCCAGCAACAGAAAGUGAAAAAAAAUUUCAGAAGAAACUUCAGGAAGUUCUCAAACAGAAUGAUUUUUCUGUAACAUUAUCAGGAUCUGUGGACUACAACGACGGAUCCCAGGAGUUCUCUGCUGAGUUAACAUUGCAUUCUGAGGUUCUGUCUCCUGAAAUGCUUCAGUGCACGCCAGCCAAUUUGGUAGAAGUCCACAAAGACACAGAAUUGAGCAAAGGUCAUACUAGACACAAAGUGGAGGAAGCUCUUAUAAAUGAAGAAGCAAUUUUGAACCUCAUGGAAAAUAGUCAGACUUUUCAGCCUUUGACCCAAAGACUGAGUGAGUCACCAGUUUUCAUAGACAGCAGUCCCGAUGAGGCUCUGGUACACCUUCUUGCUGGUUUGGAAAAUGAUGGAUAUCAGGGGGAAAGAAAUAGGAUGCCAUCGCCACGUCACUCCUUUGAAAACACUAGGUAUCCCCAAAAUAGUGAUGAUGAAGAGAAUGAACCACAGAUUGAAAAAGAAGAAAUGGAGCUUAGUUUGGUGAUGUCCCAGAGAUGGGAUAGCAAUAUUGAAAAGCAUCGUGCCAAAAAGAGAUCACUGUGCAAAAACACCCGAAGAAGUUCAACAGAAGAUGAUGAUUCAUCUUCAGAAGAAGAAAUGGAAUGGAGUGAUAACAGUUUGCUUCUAGCCAAUCUUUCUAUACCUCAGUUAGAUGGAACUGCAGAUGAAAAUAGUGACAAUCCAUUGAACAACGAAAAUUCUAGAACCCACUCUUCUGUGAUUGCAACCAGCAAGCUAUCAGUAAAACCCUCCAUCUUUCACAAAGAUGCUGCUACGUUAGAACCCCCAUCUUCUGCUAAGAUUACCUUUCAGUGUAAACACACAAGUGCCCUUUCUUCCCAUGUUUUGAACAAGGAAGAUUUAAUUGAAGACCUUUCACAGCCAAACAACACAGAAAAAGGUCUGGAUAAUUCAGUCACUUCUUUUACAAAUGAAAGCACUUACUCUAUGAAAUACCCUGGAACUUUAAGCAGUACUGUUCAUUCAGAAAAUUCUCAUAAAGAGAGUAGUAAAAAAGAAAUCCUCCCAGUGUCUUCCUGUGAAAGUAGUAUUUUUGAUUAUGAAGAAGAUAUUCCAUCUGUUACAAGACAAGUACCAAGUAGAAAGUAUACGAACAUUAGAAAGGUUGAAAAGGAUGUCCCUUUUAUACAUGCGAACUGUCACACUAGCGAGAAUACACUGGGCAAAAACUCUUUCAACUUUUCUGACUUAAGUCAUUCAAAAAAUAAAUUAUCCUCUGAAGGAAAUGAAAAAGGAAACAGCACAACUCUGAAUAGUUUAUUCCCUUCAUCAUUAACUGAAAAUUGUGAAUUGCUGUCAUGCUCAGGGGAGAAUAGAACUGUGGUGCAUUCUCUUGAUAGCAUAGCUGAUGAAAGUGGACUAAAUAAACUUAAAAUUAGAUAUGAAGAAUUUCAAGAACAUAAAACAGAAAAGCCAAGCCUCAGUCAGCAGGCAGCACAUUAUAUGUUUUUUCCCAGUGUUGUUCUUUCUAAUUGUCUCACUAGACCACAGAAACUAUCUCCUGUCACGUAUAAACUACAACCUGGCAAUAAACCAUCCCGGUUAAGAUUGAAUAAAAAGAAUCUUGUCAGUCAUCAGGAGACUUCUACCAACAGUAGUGAGACUGGAUCCACAAAAGAUAAUUGUAUACAAAAUAAUCCUUGUAAUAGUAAUCUUGAGAAGAAUAAUGUAUUGGCCAGUGAUUUAAUUAAAGCCACUCGUGGAACUUUUGAAAAUAAAACACCUACAGAUGUUUUUAUAGACUGUCACUUUGGAGAUGGAACCUUAGAAACUGAGCAGUCCUUUGGACUGUAUGGAAAUAAAUACACACUUAGAGCCAAACGCAAGGUAAAUUAUGAGACUGAAGAUAGUGAGUCAAGUUUUAUAACACACAACUCAAAAAUUAGCCUACCUCAUCCCAUGGAAAUUGGUGAAAGUUUAGAUGGAACUCUCAAAUCUCGAAAACGAAGAAAAAUAUCUAAAAAGCUACCCCCUGUCAUCAUAAAGUAUAUUAUUAUUAAUAGAUUUAGAGGGAGAAAAAAUAUGCUUGUGAAACUAGGAAAAGUAGACUCUAAAGAAAAACAAGUAAUAUUAACAGAGGAAAAGAUGGAACUAUAUAAAAAGCUUGCACCUUUGAAGGAUUUUUGGCCAAAAGUUCCUGACUCUCCUGCAACCAAAUAUCCCAUUUAUCCACUAACACCAAAGAAAAGUCACAGAAGAAAGUCAAAACAUAAAUCUGCUAAGAAAAGAACUGGUAAGCAACAAAGGACAAAUAGUGAAAAUGUCAAAAGAACUUUGUCUUUCAGGAAAAAACGAUCACAUGCUAUUCUUUCUCCUCCUUCACCAUCUUACAAUGCUGAAACCGAAGACUGUGACUUGAAUUAUUGUGAUGUCAUGUCCAAACUAGGUUUUCUUUCUGAGAGAAGCACAAGUCCCGUAAAUUCUUCACCACCUCGCUGCUGGUCUCCCACUGAUCCAAGAGCUGAAGAAAUUUUGGCGGCUACAGAGAAAGAAGCAAUGCUUUUUAAGGGUCCUAAUGCACAUGGUAGUAAGACUAUUAAUUCCCGUAUAGGGAAAAAUAGUCGAGCAAGAACACAGGUUAAGAAAUCAAAAGCAAAGCUUAUUAAUCCUUCUGCAGUUACUAAGAAAAGAAACAGACGAAAUCAGACAAGUAAACUAGUAGAUGAUGGAAGAAAGAAACCAAGAACAAAACAGAAGCAAAAAACAAAUGAGAAAGGUACAUCAAGAAAACACAUAACGCUUAAGGAUGAAAAAGUCAAAUCUCAGUCUGGUGCUGAAGUUAGGUUUGUGCUGAAACACCAGAAUGUAUCUGAGCUUGCAAAUAGUUCUGGAGACUCUCAAUUACUUUUUAAACAGAAGGAUGUGUCACUAAUGGGCUCUGAUCAUCCCCUUUCUGCUCCCCUACCCAUUGGAAUUAAUGCACAACAGAAGUUAUCUGGCUGCUUUUCUUCUUUCUUAGGAAACAAGAGGUCUGUAGAUUUGCAAACAUUCCCCAGUUCAAGAGGUGAUUUGCAUGCAUCAGUUGUUUGUAGUUCUAUUGGACCUGGAAUCUCAAAAAUUAAUGUUCAGAGGUCUCAUAAUCAAAGUGCUAUGUUUACUCUAAAGGAAUCAACCUUGAUUCAAAAAAAUAUAUUUGACCUUUCUAACCAUUUGUCUCAGGUAGCACAGAAUACACAGAUAUCUUCGGGUAUAAUGUCUCCAAAGACAGAAGAGAAUGCAAGUAUACAAAAAAACUAUUUGUCAUCUAUCAGAAAGUUAAAUGAAUAUCACAAUUCCUUAGAAUCAAAGCCAGACCAAAUAUAUGCCCCUAAUUUUUUGCAUUGCAGAGAUAGUCAGCUGCAGACUGUGUGCAUGGCAGAACAGUCAAAGCACAGUGAAACUUGUCCUCCAGGAAAUGCAGCUUCAGAGGACAGCCAAAUGCCUAAUAAUUGCUUUGUAACUUCUUUGAGAAGUCCAGUCAAACAAAUAGCAUGGGAGCAAAAACAACAAGGCUUUAUUUUAGAUAUGUCAAACUUUAAACCUGAAAGGGUAAAACAAAGGUCAUCAUCAGAAGCAAUUUCACAAACCAAAGCACUGUCUCAUUGUAAAAAUCGAAAUGUGUCAACACAUUCAACUUUUGGUGAAGGACAGUCUGGACUGGCAGUUCUAAAAGAAUUGUUACAAAAAAGGCAGCAGAAAGCACAAAAUACAAAUGUUAUGCAAGACCCAUUAUCUAAUAAAUAUCAACAAAACAAAAAUAUUUCUGGUUCCCUUGAGCAUAACAAAGCAAGUAAACGGACACGAUCGAUAACAUCUCCAAGAAAACCUCGAACUCCCAGAAGUACAAAACCUAAAGAAAAAAUUCCCAAACUUCUAAAAGCAGACUCUCUAAAUUUACAAAACUCUGGCCAGAUAGAUAACUCCCUAUCAGAUGAUAGUCCCAUCUUUUUUUCAGAUCCAGGUUUUGAAAGUUGUUAUUCACUUGAGGAUAGCUUGUCUCCUGAACAUAAUUAUAAUUUUGAUAUUAACACAAUAGGUCAGACUGGAUUUUGUAGCUUUUAUUCUGGAAGUCAGUUUGUCCCAGCUGAUCAGAACUUGCCUCAGAAGUUCCUAAGUGAUGCUGUUCAGGAUCUUUUUCCAGGACAAGCUAUAGAAAAAAAUGAGUUUUUAAAUCAUGACAACCAGAAGUGUGAUGAAGAGAAUCAUCAUGCCUCAGACUCAACCUCAUGGAUUAGAUCUGGUACUUUAAGUCCUGAACUUUUUGAGAAAUCAUCCAUAGACAGCAAUGAGCAUCAUCGCCGCAACUUGUGGAAAAAUAGCUUUCAUCCUCUAACAACUCGGUCUAAUUCAAUAAUGGAUUCUUUCUGUGUCCAGCAAGCAGAGGACUGUCUAAAUGAAAAAUCCAGAUUGAAUAGGAGUUCAGUAAGCAAAGAAGUGUUUCUUAGCCUCCCACAGCCAAGCAGUUCAGACUGGAUUCAAGGUCACCCAGGAAAGGAAAUGGAACAGUCUCUUGAUUCAGUCAAUACCUCUUUUACUACAAUACUCUCUUCCCCUGAUGGUGAACUUGUGGAUGCAGCCUCUGAAGAUUUAGAAUUGUAUGUUUCAAGAAACAAUGAUAUGUUGACAUCAACUCCUGACAGUUCACCAAGGUCUACCAGCUCUCCCUCACAAUCUAAAAAUGGCAGUUUCACACCUCGAGCUGCUCACAUUCUGAAACCCCUUAUGUCCCCACCAAGUAGGGAAGAAAUUAUGGCAACUUUGUUGGAUCAUGACCUUUCAGAAACUAUUUACCAGGAACCAUUUUGCAGUAAUCCUUCUGAUGUACCAGAAAAGCCCAGGGAAAUUGGUGGACGGCUCCUCAUGGUAGAAACUCGACUUCCAAAUGAUCUGGCUGAGUUUGAAGGAGACUUUUCCUUGGAAGGACUUCGUCUGUGGAAAACAGCUUUUUCAGCAAUGACUCAGAAUCCAAGACCAGGGUCACCCCUGCGCAAUGGCCAAGCAGUUGUCAAUAAAGGAUCAAGUAAUAGCCAUAAAAUGGUUGAAGAUAAAAAAAUUGUGAUAAUGCCUUGCAAAUGUGCCCCAAGUCGACAACUUGUUCAAGUGUGGCUUCAAGCCAAAGAAGAAUAUGAACGUUCCAAGAAACUGCCUAAAACUGAGCCACCUGGAGUUGUAAAAUCUGCUGAGAACUUCAGCUCUUUGGUUAACGAAGAUGACAAGCCUGUAGUGCCUCCAAAAAUGGAUCCAAGUCCACAUAUACUCACCACUACAACACAUACUAAGGAAGAUUUUGAUAAUUCUCAGAUUGUUUUACAAAUGCCAAGCACAGGAUGUAGUCAAACUUCAAGUGAAGGUCAGACACUGCCACCAGUUGUUGCCUCUACAAAUGAUCCUGAGAAAGAUGAAAAUGAUGAUAACUAUGUCAGUUAUAGCUCCCCGGAUUCGCCAGUAAUUCCCCCUUGGCAACAAGCAACAUCCUUAGAUUCCAGAGUAUUAAAUGGAAUUGAUAGACCUUCAUCACCAGUAAAGGAGCUAUCUUCUCUGGCUGUUGAGAACUUCUUAAAGCCAAUAAAAGAUGCUAUACAGAAUAGCCCCUGCAGUGAACCUCAGGAGCCUCUAGUGAUAUCUCCAAUUAAUGCUAGGGAAAGAACUGGGAAAUGUGAAUCACUUUGCCUUCAUAGUACCCCAAUUAAACAGAGAAAAUUUCUGGAAAAGCUUCCUGAAGCAACUGGUCUUAGCCCUUUAUCAACAGAACCAAAAACCCAGAAGUUGAGUAAUAAAAAAGGAAGUAAUACUGACACUCUUAGAAGAGUACUCUUAACAACACAAGUGAAGAAUCAAUUUGCAGCAGUAAAUACCCCAAAGAAAGAAACUUCUCAGAUUGAUGGACCAUCUUUAAAUAAUACUUAUGGUUUCAAAGUCAGCAUAGAAAACUUGCAGGAUGCAAAAGCUUUACAUGAGAUACAAAAUCUUACCCUAAUCAGUGUGGAGUUACAUGCUCGAACUAGACGAGAUUUAGAACCAGAUCCUGAAUUUGACCCAAUCUGUGCUCUGUUCUACUGCAUCUCAUCUGACACUCCACUACCAGAUACAGGAAAAACAGAACUCACGGGUGUAAUAGUGAUUGAUAAAGACAAGACAGUCUUUGGUCAAGAUAUCAGAUAUCAGACCCCAUUACUUAUUAGAUCUGGAAUUACAGGAUUGGAAGUUACCUAUGCUGCUGAUGAGAAGGCACUUUUUCAAGAAAUUGCAAAUAUAAUAAAGAGGUGUAUUCGUAACAACAAUGACAAAAUUGAGAACAGAUUUUCAGCUGAAAGAGAUGACUAUGGAUCAGAUACAAUGAGUGAGAUAAAUAUUGUUGGCCGAAUUACACUAAAUCUUUGGAGAAUCAUGAGAAAUGAGGUGGCUCUGACUAACUACACCUUUGAAAAUGUGAGCUUUCAUAUCCUUCAUCAGCGUUUUCCCCUCUUUACCUUUCGGGUCUUGUCAGAUUGGUUUGAUAACAAGACAGAUCUAUACAGAUGGAAGAUGGUUGAUCAUUACAUUAGCCGUGUCCGUGGAAAUAUCCAGAUGUUAGAACAGCUGGACCUGAUUGGGAAAACCAGUGAAAUGGCCAGACUUUUUGGCAUUCAGUUUUUACAUGUACUGACAAGGGGUUCACAGUACCGCGUGGAAUCAAUGAUGUUGCGUAUUGCUAAACCAAUGAACUAUAUUCCUGUGACACCUAGUGUUCAGCAGAGAUCACAAAUGAGAGCCCCACAGUGUGUUCCCCUAAUUAUGGAGCCUGAAUCCCGCUUCUAUAGCAACUCUGUUCUCGUUUUGGAUUUCCAGUCACUAUAUCCUUCUAUUGUAAUUGCAUACAACUACUGUUUUUCUACUUGCCUUGGUCACGUGGAAAACUUGGGAAAGUAUGAUGAGUUCAAAUUUGGCUGUACCUCUCUAAGAGUACCUCCAGAUUUACUUUACCAGAUUAGGCAUGAUAUCACAGUGUCCCCCAAUGGAGUAGCUUUUGUCAAGCCUUCAGUAAGAAAGGGUGUGCUACCGAGAAUGCUUGAAGAAAUUUUGAAGACUAGAUUCAUGGUGAAGCAGUCAAUGAAGGCUUACAAGCAAGACAGAGCCCUGUCACGAAUGCUUGAUGCACGUCAGCUAGGACUUAAGCUGAUAGCAAAUGUCACCUUUGGCUAUACAUCUGCUAAUUUUUCUGGGAGAAUGCCAUGUAUUGAGGUUGGCGAUAGUAUUGUUCACAAAGCCAGAGAGACCUUGGAACGAGCUAUUAAACUGGUUAAUGACACCAAGAAAUGGGGUGCUAGGGUUGUAUAUGGCGAUACUGACAGUAUGUUUGUGCUACUCAAAGGAGCCACUAAGGAGCAGUCUUUUAAGAUUGGUCAAGAAAUUGCUGAAGCUGUAACUGCUACCAAUCCUAAACCAGUGAAAUUGAAGUUUGAAAAGGUAUAUUUGCCCUGCGUUUUACAAACAAAAAAGAGGUAUGUGGGUUACAUGUAUGAAACACUGGAUCAGAAGGACCCUGUAUUUGAUGCAAAAGGAAUAGAAACAGUUAGAAGAGAUUCCUGCCCUGCUGUUUCUAAGAUACUUGAGCGUUCUCUAAAGCUGCUAUUUGAAACAAGAGAUAUAAGUCUAAUUAAACAGUAUGUUCAACGACAAUGUAUGAAGCUUCUGGAAGGAAAGGCCAGCAUACAAGAUUUCAUCUUUGCCAAGGAAUACAGAGGAAGUUCCUCCUAUAAACCUGGAGCUUGUGUGCCAGCCCUUGAACUUACGAGGAAAAUGCUUAUUUAUGACCGGCGCUCUGAGCCUCGAGUUGGGGAGCGAGUGCCAUAUGUCAUCAUUUAUGGGACCCCUGGAGUACCACUUAUCCAGCUAGUAAGGCGCCCAGUGGAAGUCCUGCAGGACGCAACUCUGAGACUGAAUGCCACUUACUAUAUUACCAAGCAAAUCCUUCCACCCCUGGCCAGAAUUUUCUCACUUAUUGGUAUUGAUGUCUUCAGCUGGUAUCAUGAAUUACCAAGGAUCCAGAAAGCCACCAGCUCCUCUCGAAGUGAACCUGAAGUGCGGAAAGGCACUAUUUCACAGUAUUUCACCACUUUACACUGUCCUGUAUGUGAUGACCUGACUCAGCAUGGCAUUUGUGGUAAAUGUAGGAGCCAACCACAGCAGGUUGCAGUCAUCCUCAAUCAAGAAAUUCGAGAGUUGGAACGUAAACAGGAGCAACUUGUAAAGAUAUGCAAGAACUGUACGGGUUGCUUUGAUCGACAUAUCCUGUGUGUUUCUCUGAACUGCCCAGUACUUUUCAAACUCUCCCGAGUAAAUAGAGAAUUAUCCAAAGCACCAUAUCUCCGGCAAUUACUAGACCAGUUUUAAAUUCUCAAUAUCACAGAAUUCCAGGUGCUAUUUUUUUCAGUGUUUACCACUAAACUGUUGUGCAUGGUGCUUUUUCAACUUUCAUCAAGUCAAGGAUGUUCAUUGUUAUCUGAAGACUAUGAAGACUUUUAUGCUAACUGAAUUAAAAAUUAGAAGCUCACUUCUUACAUGUACAAAUUCCUCAUUCUUUCACCUUUUUAACAUUGUUUUAUAACGCAGGUAUUGGAUUUGCUCCAGUAUGUAUACCAUCUUGUAAAGCCAUUUGAGUAUAAGAUGUUUAUUUCCCUGUGGAAGGAGCACUGAAAACCUCUUAAAGAAAAACCAUUCGUGUGUUUUCCUUGAACUGUCUGUAUCGACAUAUUACUUAGAGAUAUCCAUUCACUUUAUAAUUUUGACUGCAAAAUAUUUUGUAAAUACACUUUUUUACUUUUCAAACAGCUGAGUAAAAUAAUGUGCAAUGAAUUUUAUACAAAUGAUUUUCAAGUUGUUUGGUAUAUUUCCUCUAGGUUUUGCUUGACUCAAAGUAGAUUUGUUAUUUUGAUCAAACUGUGCAAACAAUAGUACCAUGUGUAGCAUUUUGAAACAUUAUUUUCUAAAAACCGCUGUCUUGCUUUAGCUAUUAAUGGGGCAUUGUGAGGAACUGUGCAAAGACAUUUUUGUUACAAACCUGUGGGCCUGUUGCAAUACUUUAAAAAUAAAAAAUUUUAUUCCAUUUUUGCUUGUUUUGUAUAGACAUUUCUAUUGCUUCUAAAUAUGCUUAAAAUAUUUUCUUUCCUUAUGUACUGUACAGUUAAUCUUAUUUGCCAUCAUCUUGAACACAAAAUGUGUAUUUAGAAUAUUUGUAUAACUGUAUAAAAUGAAAAAGGAACUAUGUGGUCAGUGUAUUGUUUUUUAAACUGGAAAUCAUUUUGUUUGAAAAGUUACUAAUGGAAACCAUAUUAAAAUUGAAUAAAAUAUGAAAUAUGGCA